UUUCUUCCAAAAGCCAUGAAAUCAAGGCGGAACACUUUGCUCUAUUCUGCUUCUGUCUGUUUUCAUUAACAAUGUCUUUGGUCCGGGUGGCAGUACGGGUCCGUCCAUUAAAUAAAAGAGAAAGGGAGUUAUCGUCGAAGGUUAUAAUUCACAUGGAAGGGAACACAACAUCUAUUUAUAAGAUUUUCCAAGACCUGGGGUCAGAAGUCUUGACAGCGGCAUUUGAAGGUUUCAAUGCCUGUGUGUUUGCCUACGGCCAAACAGGAUCAGGAAAGUCUUACACUAUGAUGGGUGACAAAGAGAAUACAGGUUUAAUUCCACGGAUCUGUGAGGGCUUGUUCAUGGAGAUGUCUCAAAAGGGAAAAAGUGAAAUGGUGUCAUUUCAGACUCACGUCAGCUACCUGGAGAUUUACAAUGAACGUGUGCAGGACCUUCUCCUCAGAAGUUCACCAUCCACAGAUGGUGGAGGCUUAAAAGUGAGGGAGCAUCCCAAGGACGGACCCUAUGUAGAGAGUCUAUCAAGGCAUGUGGUACACAGCCACAGUGAAAUGGAGGACCUUAUCGUUCUUGGAAAUGCUAACCGAACCACAGCAAGCACGGGCAUGAAUGACUUCAGCAGCCGCUCGCACGCCAUUUUUACCAUCAACUUUACCCAGACUUGGUUUAAUGCAGAGUUUCCACGUGAGACACUGAGUAAGAUCCACCUGGUAGACCUGGCAGGCAGUGAGCGAGCUGAUGCCACACACACCACAGGUACCAGACUGAAGGAAGGUGCCAACAUCAACAAAUCCCUGGUCACCUUAGGGAGUGUGAUCUCAGCUCUCGCUGACCCAAGCAUGGGCAGAAAAUCGGCUAAAAGAAAAAAGAUCUUCAUUCCUUACAGAGACUCCGUAUUAACAUGGCUGCUAAAAGACAGCCUUGGUGGAAACUCCAUUACUACAAUGGUGGCAACAAUUUCCCCUGCGGACGUGAACUACGGGGAGACCCUGAGUACUUUGCGCUAUGCUAGUCGAGCUAAAAAUAUUGUAAAUUCACCUACGGUGAAUGAAGAUGGAAGCCUGAAGGUGAUCAGAGAGCUGCAGGCAGAGGUUACCAGGCUCCAAAAGCUACUUGCAGAAGCCACCCAGGCUUUCCAUGGAGAAUUGUCAACUUCUGUUAAGGUGGAGGAGAAGUUGCAUCUGAAUGAGGUAGAGGAGGGCAGAACUCCGGUUGGAAGUCAUGAAACACACAGUCGGGAUAUUGUGCUUCAUGGAGCCGGCCUCCUCCGUGAACAAUGUGUGCUCGAGAACUGCGCUGGGACUGUGACUUUGGUCCCUCAGGAUGGAGCAGUGUGUUCAGUCAAUGGCUCUGUGGUCACAGAUCCCCAGCAGCUGACGCAGGGUUCAAUCAUACAGCUAGGAAAAGGAGUCGUGCUCCAUUUUAGCCACCCGGCAGAAGUUACCCAUCUGAGAGAAGGCCACCAAGUACAGACUGAGCCGCGAUCCCCAUCCAGCCCUUCUUUGACUGACCUGUUCAAGUAUAAUGAGGGCCUGUCCAAGGUGACACUACAAAAUUCACGCCAGAUUGAUGUGCUGUCUGUGAGGAGUGAGUGUAAAGAUCCAAGAGUGUAUCUUGAGUCUGCCCCCAAAGAGACGCUUAUGACAACAGCCAUUCCUGGAAGAGAUCCUGUCCCUCACAGUGGUUUUGAGUUGGAUGGAGACAUACUACAGGGUGGAAAAAGCACCAGGGAUGGCCAGGAGCAGGAGAGGGACUUGUGUCAUAAAUCAGGGCCAGAGCUCAUGUCUGAGAGGCCACAGAGGAAAGCUCAGAGUGGAGCUGGAGUUGCAAGUUGUAGGGGAAGGGAGGUUUGGUCAGGGGAUGCCAGCCUCCAGCAGACAAGUGUCCUGGGCCAGGGUGAUGGAUGUGGCAUGAAACCAGCGGGGAAUGCUAAUGAGAUCCAAGGUGUCGUGACUGACUGCUAUAAGGGGAGACCUGGCUCUGGUGGGAGCUCAUUAGGCAGCCUGUCCCACCUGCCGAAUAGUGGAGGAAGUAGUUUCGCGACGGUCCUGCCUCAGUCCAGUGCUCAUUCUCGGCUCGACAGAGAGCCUCUCAACAGUCGGGCGACCCACUGUCCACCCAAAGAUGCAGAUUUUGAGCGCCACUUCACUGUUAAAGAGAUGGAUGAAUCUGGAGGUUUGGGGGCGGUCCCAGAAGUUUGUGUGGCGGAGGCUGCAGCGACCACAGCUCCAAACUCAGGACUGGGCUCUCUGUUUAGCAGAGUUUCUUGGAUUGUCCAGGAUGCAAGACGUCUCCUGUGGCACCCUCCCACAGUAUGGCAGCAAGUCGCAGAUGCAGGAUUACAACCUUUUGGCACUCGAUGGUCGAGCCACGUUGUGUCUCUGGUCAAAGAAAGUAAUGUUCUGUCUGUAGUGAAGGACAGUCAGGUCUUCUCCAUGGUUAGAGGGAGCUUUGUCUUCUCUCUUUUCAGGGAUAGUCAUAUUUUCUCAGUGGUGAAAGAACUACCUCUCAUACAGCACAUCCAGAUGAAUAUAACUCAGCACAUUCAGUCUGAAGAGGACGCUCAGAUGAUUCAGGGGCGCAUUAAUCCUGACAACACUCAGCUCUCAGACCCGACACCAGCGCAAGCCGUGGCUGAAGAAUUGCAAAGUGAUGUGCGGCAAGUCCCAGAGGAAACUCAGAAAAGAGACCGUCAGUCACCACAAAAGCAAGACGGGACUAAUAUUAAUGUAAAACAAGGAGAUGAAAAUAUUGAAGUACCUUGGAUGUCGACACAUAUUGGUAAGACGGAUGUUAUCCAUGCAUCUAAAGAUGAAAAAGCCACUGAGGAGCCAGAGCGUGUGCACAUCCUCAUUCAAACACUGAUCAAAUUUCCUGAUGCCCUUUUGAAAUUUCAAACUCUAUCCAUGGAAGACAUGAUGGAUGCAUUACAGCCCAUCAUCUCAACCUCAGUGCUUACCUCUCAGAGGAUAAUAGCUCUGCACUUGUUGAAUGUGGCAAAAUGCAGCCACCCACAGCCCCAGCCAGGCCUACUGAUCCUGCUGGAAACCGGUCUAUAUACCCUGACUGCUGACUGUGGGCUCCUGGUCUUGUUCCAUCACCUCCCUUUACUGCAGCUGAGAGAGAUACAGAUAGGCCUAGCGGGUCAGAGUUUCCGUUUAAUGGGCACAACGGAGGAAAGCAUGCUUGGUGUCCAUACCCACAGCCAGAGGCGUACGAAGGAGCUGUGCAGGGCUGUACUCGAUGCCCUCUGCCCCGGGGACAGCAGGGUAUGUCAGCACCCACUGUUCCAUGAAAACUUGAUGAACGUGUCUCUGGACCAUCGGGUCUAUGUGCCUGAUCUGCUGCUGGAUGCCGGUUUGAGGGUUUAUUGCCGGUUUCAAAAGAGUCUUGCUGAUCUAAUUUAUUUUCUUCAUUGCAAUAUGGAUCAAGAAACGGUCGCUCUGGGAGAGGUGCAGCUGGUACUGUACACAAGUGUAGCUGUGCUCAUCAGUCCCACCAGCCACAAUGAACAUAUGGCCCACUUUUUUCUCACAGGUGCACAUUUUGGUGUAGUGAGAGAGGAUGCUGUCUUUCACCCUGCUCCCCACACUGUCACUAUGGAGGUACGCCGUCCUCAGUUCCACGAUUUAAUUCUACGUCAGCACUCGGAUGUGCGCUGCAUACUGGUGCACGAUGAAGACGGGAAUGGAUCUGUCAGGCUGGAUCUUGUCCUUUCCAGUGUUAGGGACAGGGGUCGCCCCGAAAGCGUGACGAAGACGGCUACCCAGUCUGAAGAUGUUUUAAAUUCACCUCUGCAUGCAGAAGUGUGGAAAUUAACUUUCAGUUGCUCCACUGAGGCCGCCUGCCUGAUUAAUCACUUGUCAAAUGUCUGAUCAAGGACUGAAUGCUCCGUAAUGAACAGCCCAGCUUGAAAACUCCUCAUUGGGAGCAGUGGCAAAAGUGCAUCCCACUUAUACGGCACAGCACAAAGGAGGGCUUCACUAUUAAAUGACAAUGAAAAACAGUGACCUACUUUAAGUUUCUGUAUGCUUUUGUCAUAUUAAGCUCACAUGGAAAUUGCACUCUGUUAUGUUUAAACGCUCAAAUGUUUUUGUUAUUCACUCUUUAUUAUUUCUGUCUGCUUCAUGUUUUAAAUAAUUAGUCUUUGAAGUUCUGACAAUGAUGAGUGUACUGCAUUAAUUUCA